CCCUCUUUCCUUCCAGACUCUUAUCACAUCACUUCUUCCUGGGAUCUACCCUGAUUGUCUUCACCUCCUUCCUUCUUGAAAACUGGUGUCUCAGCAGAAGUUAACAGAAGGCUUGUGUAAAUGCCCUAAGGGCGUGCUGUUGGGAGGGGUACAGCCCCCUGUGAUGGGAACACCACGCUCAGAUUCAUCAGUUUGGGUUGCCUGAAGCCCUGCCGCCCCGUGGACCAUGUUUAACGGGGAGCCAGGUCCAGACUCGGCUGCGGCCUCCAGGAACGUGGUGCGGAGCUCCAGCAUCAGCGGCGAAAUCUGCGGAUCCCAGCAGGCUGGGGACGGGACCGGGACCACCACUGCCAAGAAGCGGCGCAGCAGCCUUGGGGCCAAGAUGGUGGCCAUCGUGGGCCUAACCCAGUGGAGCAAGAGCACACUUCAGCUCCCACAAGCUGAAGGGGCCACCAAGAAGCUGCGCAGCAACAUCCGGCGGAGCACAGAGACGGGUGUUGCCGUGGAGAUGCGGAGUCGGGUCCCUCGCCAGGGCAGCCGGGAGUCCACGGACGGGAGCACCAACAGCAAUAGCUCCGAUGGCACGUUCAUCUUCCCCACCACCCGGCUCGGGGCUGAAAGCCAGUUCAGCGAUUUCCUGGAUGGGCUGGGACCAGCCCAGAUUGUGGGGCGACAGACGCUGGCAACGCCACCAAUGGGGGACGUGCACAUUGCCAUCAUGGACCGGAGCGGCCAGCUGGAGGUGGAAGUGAUUGAGGCUCGGGGCCUGACCCCCAAACCAGGCUCCAAAUCCCUCCCAGCCACCUAUAUCAAGGUUUACCUGCUCGAGAACGGGGCCUGCCUGGCCAAGAAGAAGACGAAGGUGACCAAGAAGACCUGUGACCCCCUGUACCAGCAGGCUCUGCUCUUUGACGAGGGGCCCCAGGGCAAGGUGUUGCAGGUGAUUGUUUGGGGAGACUACGGCCGCAUGGACCACAAGUGCUUCAUGGGCAUGGCCCAGAUCAUGCUGGAUGAGCUGGACCUGAGUGCUGCGGUCACCGGCUGGUACAAACUCUUCCCCACAUCCUCAGUGGCAGACUCCACCCUUGGCUCCCUCACCAGGCGCCUGUCCCAGUCCUCCCUGGAGAGUGCCACCAGCCCCUCGUGCCCCUGAGGACCUCAGGAAGAGGCCAGGAUGCUGUGUGGGAAGGGGUGACCUCCUCCCAUGUACAUAGUCUUCACGUCUUUCUGGACCCCUUGCCCUCCUGCAUGCCUGUUGGCUACUGGGCCUGUCCCAGCUGACAGUGGAGACUCUAGUGUGUGUGCGUGUGUGUUUGUGUGUGCGUUUGUGUCUGUAUGUGAUCAUGUUAGAUCUGUUCAUUUGUCUGGGUGGUCUUGGUGACUAUAUGGGCUGAAAUUCAUGUCUCUGUGUCUUGUUGAAAUGAAACACAAAGGAGUGUUGCAUGGACACAACCCCCGCCGAGUCCAGGGGUGGAAGUGGGUGACGUGGUCCUUGGUCCAUGCCACCUGGUCCUGGUUUCAGGGCAGAGCCCAUGUGCCCCCCGUCUGUGCCUGUUCUUGGUGGUCCUUGCUUAGUUUUCUGUCUUGUUCUUUGUUCCGCCUCUCUGUCUCCCAGCACUGCUGCUGUUUUUUGAGGAAUGUAGCCUCCACUGCAGCUGGCCACAUGAGGCCCCCCUGGGAACCCAGACACCCCUCCUCUCCCCCCGGCACUCCAGGUGCUCUUCCCACCGAAGGCACCGGCAGCAUGUAGCAUCUCACAGAGUGCCCCGGCCUGGGCUCCGGGGAGUAGAAGGUGCCGGGGAGCUGAGGGCUUGGAGAUUGCUUUAUCCCUCGUCACCUCCUUCCUGCAAGUCAGAUCUGAGGAGGUAUCAGUUCCUAGGGUUGCUGGCCAGGUUCCUUGGAGGAGAAGUUCUGGUGCCUCCCUUAGCAUUCACCUCCUGUCUCCCUCCAAGCCUCCUUGCCUCCAACAUGCCAAAGCAGCUCUCCCAGUGGACCUCAGGAGGUGCAGACUGGAGGGUCUUGAUGUGAUGUGCGAGAGGUCGGCCUCAGAGGGGAUGUUACCUGCCAAAGCAGGCAGCCCCUGGAGGCACCUGUGUCCUCCCCAGGCCCUGAGGGUGGCCCUGUGCGCCUCUAGGCUCGUCCUGGGGUGGUGCCUGGCUAGUGUUGAGGUGCCCCCGAGGGCAGGGCUGCUGGCUGGAAUGAGAAGAGCCGGGGCUGACUUGCUCUGAGCCCUGUUGAUCAUCCUGUCUGACCUUUGAGGACUAGCUGCAUGAAGUUGAUCACUGGGGCUCUAUUAUUUAGCUCAUUUCCAGACCAGGGUCCCUGUCUGGGAGCUCAGACUCACGCAGGCUCCAGCCUCCUGGCUCCAUGGAGAGCCUGGCUCUGAAGUCAAGACCGCCACAGUCACCAGCUCUGUACAAGCAAUACUCCCCCCGCCUGCCUCCCGUGCUCCGCUGCUGCCCUGUGGAGAGGGCCCGGCCUGCUCUAGACACCGCACCCGCCUCUGCUUUCUUUCCACCCUUGUCUGGUUGGAGCUGCCCAAAGCCACUCAAACCCUGCCUUGACUGGACAGCUGGGCCCUGUGGGUGGACACCAAGGCCUGGACUGGACCUUGUGAGAUGCCUGCUGGGGUCCUGAAGUCUGGCUCAGGAGUGCCCAAAUCUGUCAGGUCUAGGGUGAAAGGCAGGUUGCCGCCCAGGAGGUGAACACAGCAGCCCUCAGGUCCAUGUCUGGUGGGGAGAAAGAGGUAACACAAGGAGUCAAGGUCUGGGGCAGGCUCCCCUCUGCCUCUUCCCCAGACAUCAUCCCCGAGGGCUGCACUGACUCUAAUCAUGUACGUGGGGGUUGAGGGGAGUGACCCAGGGGAGCCGUGGAGACAUGCUUGGACUCCAUUCGCAACCAAAGCCCAGGGGGCAUGGAGGUGGCUGCUCGGGGUAGGGGUGAAGGAAGAGGCUCUCUGGAGACAGCCAUCUCCACCAAUGGGUCGCCUUUUCUGGAAGGAUCUACAUUAGGCUGAAGCCAGGGCCCGGCAACCUCCCUUCCAAGAAAACUAGGAGAAGCCAGGACCCCAUCGGUCCUGCCCACAGACAAAAAGUGGGUCAGGGCAGUAAGAACUAACAGAAGGAGCUCCUGGGCCCCUGACUCCUGCUGGAGCCUCCGUUCUUGGAUCGGCAGAGGCAGGAACAGUUGUGUGCGCGGAGUGGAGAGAGGAGGCAGCUGGGUUGAGUUUUCUCUUUCUACGAAUUUCUCUCCUAGUGGCGGGACUGGCUAGUGCACACACUUUUCUCCUGCUUCUAAAAUGAGGCAAAGGGCUCUGUGCUUUGAGAUCCUAGGGUGGGGAGAGGGAGGAAACUCACUUGCAAAAGAGCAUCCUUAUGUCCUGUCGGUGAUGCAGAGCAGUGGCCCUCAGAAGGGUGUGAAGAUGCCCGACACCUUCGGAGUGGGGGGAUUAUUAGUGACCCGUGGGGUAGUGUAGACAUUUGCCGAUGUGAUGUGGCGUUGAGUUUAAUGAUACCCAGCCCGUGCAGUCACCCCGGGAAUCGGGGAUGUCAGUGAGGGCUGUCACCCUCAUGCUUCUAGGGGCCAGGAAGACAGAAGGCGGGGAGCGACCAGCAGAGGCUGCUGCUGGGGAGCUGAAAGCCGCUGGCCCCUUGCGUCCAGGGGAAGGUUGGUAGCACAGGGGAUGUUCUAGCCAGAGGUAGGGCCCAAGAUGUUGGUACCUCUGCUGACCUGCUUACAAUCCCCAGCUGCCGAAACGGCCCAAGGGUUGGGCUACUCGGCUGUCCCACCUCACUGAUGAGAAGUAAUUUCCCCCACAUGUUGACCUUAGGGAAUUAUUCUUUUUAACCCUUUGUACCGAAUGGGUUCCUAAUCCCCACCUGGAUUCCCCCCAUGAGGGUAAAGUCAUGUAGGCUAUGCACAUGUGUGAUGGUGAGUGGCUGGACUUAAGGGUCUGGCUCUCUGCAGCCUGGAUGCAGGGGCUCGUCUGAGAAGCUGCUCUGGAUCGAGCCUGUCCAGGAGAGAAGGGAGCACAGGCGUGACUCCUGGCCUUCCCUGGAUGGGGAGCAUCUGUCCUUUGAAGAGGGCAUGGCAGGGAGGGAAGAAACAUGAUCCCCCCAGAAUUCUCCCUAACCUGAGACCAACUCACUGUUAGAUGCAGUAUCCUGGCUCCACCUGCCCCCUUAGACCAGAGGAAGCCAGCGCUGAUGACAGCAGGAAGACUCUUUGUCAUCCUGUCUUCCUCGGCUCAGGCAGAAUUUGUGGGAAACGUGGCAGAGACAGGAGUGGCCCUGCAGUGAUGCUGGGCUGUUGGGCAGGAACCGUGAUGGACGAUUCAGAGUCUCUGUCUUCACGUUUCUGCUCUGUUCAAUCUGUCCCACUUCCUUCCUUCCCUAAAGGGAAGUCUGUGAUGGGCCUUUGGUAUGAAUCAGGCUCCAGCAAUUGGGGCCAAGUCUUGGUGUGACAGAGGGGGUGUGAUCCUUCAGGAAAGAACCAUCUCCCAAACUACUCCCCAUCCAAUCUCUCCCAUCACCCCGCACUCCUAGGAAAGGAGCUCUCGGGAGGCUGUCAGUAAUGCCGCAAGCCCCAGGCACUGCCAGCAUUUCAGGGGGCCGACAGAGGGGGCAUCCCCACAGCUCAUCACUCGUGGGAUCACUGGGCUCCCAGGGACGUGACCCCCACCAGGGCAAGCAUGCCUGAGCUCUUCUUUCACUGCCAGCCUUGAGGAGUGCAGAAGCCCCCAACCCCUUUUAAAGACAACAGAGCCCUCCAAGGGUACUUCUUUGGAAAUGAAAUGUAGCACAAUCUUAGACUGAGUUACCAGGAGCCCUGACCUGUAACCAGGGCUCUUGCUCUGCACCCUGCUGCCCAGGAGAUGCCGUGCUCCUCCCCCCACCUCCCCGGGGCUCCAGUGCUCCGGAUACCUCCAAUUCCCCAUCUUCCUCAGCCCAGAAAGCAGCAGGGCUUCAGGAAGGCUGCUCUUCUGCUUCUCUGAUUGAUUCCUGCACUGUGCAAACCCCAUGCAAGAAAUUGCUGCCUUUGCGUGAUGGUGGAGAGUGGUGGUGCAUCCUUCGCAGCCAGGAGGUGGUCCAGCGGGAUUUCUGCUGUGGCUGCAAGAAGAGGGUAAAGAGGCCUGCCCUGCCAACUCCUCCCCUUCUCUUCCUCUCCCUGGUGUUUUCUUCUCCAAUAUCCUGACACGGAAAGAGGUUCUUGAAAAUGCUGCUUCCUGUCCUGGAUUACCGUUCACUGAAUGAUCAGGGAGGAGCCCGGAAUGUAGACUCCUCACCCGCCUUCUCCCUCAAGUCUGCUUUUCACUCAGGUCAGAAGAGAUGGGGAAAAACAAAACAAAGCAAUCAUGACUGAAGGGCAGGGGACCCCUGCCCGAUCCGGUGAGGCCUGAUGGGGGCUGGAUCAGCCCAGGGUUAUUUUGAAAGAGUGCCUGAGCAUCUCAGAGCAAUGUCACUGAUGCCAAAGAGAGCAACUUGGCCUCCUCGGGCACCAGCUCUGCCGGCUGAGCUGCACACGUGUGGCUCAGGCAUCGGCCUGCCUGAUGGUGGAACCUUGUUCUCUGAAAAAGGGCUUAAUCUUUCCAUGUAGCAAAGCAACUCCCCCGUCCCCUUGACCCUGAACUUGGGCUGUUGUGGGCACAGCAAGGCUGUGCCUGUGAGGGAAACUUGCAUUCUCACAGGGGCCCAGACUGGCUUGGGGCGGAUGCUCAUCAAAAAGCAUGAGUGUUACUGUUUGGGGAAAACCUUCCUGGGCUCUGGUUGGAAACUUGGCCAGUAAGGCCAGGAGCCUUGAGCCUCCUAAGGAGUUCACACUGAUGCCAGAAGGGUCCUUGGGACUAGGUUCCAGAGAGCUUGGCAAACAGAAAUGGGCCCUGGGAAUUCCAGGGGCAGCAGAGCAUCUGUCCCAAUGGUCAAUGCCCUGGACAGCUGGCUGCAGAGAAUCGAAGGCUCUAACAUACAGUCAUACAGUUUUGCCAGAAACUGUGACCUUGUGCAAGGCUCCUCCCUUUUCUGGGCCUCAACUUCCUCAUCUGCAAAACCAGAGCAUUUGCUAGUUACUCCAGGGUUCCCCUCUAGGUUUCAAAAGUCUGAUCUGGAGCUGAUGAGGGUUGUGAGCCUGGUGCACCCGGCACCCGGUUCCACGGGCUGGUUCCCUCCAGCCCUAGGUGCCCUCAGCUGGGUGCAGGUCCUCAACUGUCCAUGCCCAGAUGCUGCUUCCGAGAAGAACUCUGGGAAUCCUACCAGACUGUGCUUCCACAUCUUCGUGGGUCGUUGCUCCUCUCUUCCUGUAUAAUGAUGAGACAUAAUUAAGGGUUGUCUACAAUGGACAAUUUCCAAGGUGCUGAUGUGACGUCGCAGCCUCAGCUGCACCUGCGUAGGUCAGUAUCCCCACCAGCAGACGAGGCUGGGUUGGUCCUCAUUUCUGCUUCUAGAAUGACAUAAGUGGGAGAAUCUUAAAGGAAAUGCUCUCUGAUGGGAGGAGAGAGGGAACCUAUUUCCCUUCAAAGUAUUUUGCUUCUUAAACAUCACUCUUCUCUCCAGCAUGUCUUUUACCAGACACCAUCUCAGCAGGCAGAGUGGCUGCUUUCUUAGGAAAAGUUGGCCUGAUUGUUCUAUCUAUUCCUUUAGAAUGUAAAUUCACAAGCAGCAGGAACCCCUUUUUUAGAAUUUCCAAAUGCAUCCUGCAGAGAGAGCGAGCUGAUAGGGCUGACAAGCACACUGUUUAGAUAAGCAGUUAGCCUUUUAUAUCUGCGCUCUCUACAUUUUCUAUGUGCAGCUUCUUUCCAAACUCGCUGUGGCUCCCAGGUGGCAGGUGGACGGCUGGGCAGGACGGCCAGCUGUUUCUUAACAACAUUCUUGCCAAUUCCCUUGAGGAGAAAAUUCUUCACAUGGCUUCUGCAUGUACAGUAUUUGGGCAGCAAAAAAUGAUUAAAGUCAGUUUGAAAAUGG